GAAGUUUACUUGCAUUUCUUUUCCUGCAAAACUUCUACGAGAAGCUUCAUUGUGCAUUUUCUAUUCAUGAACUACGGUAACAACUGGGGAUCUCUACAUCAAAUCUUUCGAAACCGAAAUCAGGUACUGUAGACGAAACUCUGAUUUCAAGUUAAUCAAAGUGUUUCUCUCCUUUCUCCCUUUCUGUGGUUGGUUUAGAAUCCUCUGGAGGAAGUUAGGGUUAGAGGCGAGAGGGAUUUUGAAUGUGCAACAAAGAUGGGGGUUGUGGUUUUGAGAAAAUGUCAUCAGAAAGAACACAAAGUAUAGUAGGGAGUGAGGUGGAGCCCCUGGACUAUGGGGGCAUGGACACUGAGAGUAGUCCGUCUCCGUCUAGUUCGGAGAAAACGGUGGAGGGGGUGAGAGGAGAUGAGAUGGUGGAAGUUGGGGGAGGAGAGGUGGUAGAGUUGGGGAGGAAUGAGGGAGGAAGGGUUGAGGUAGAUAGCAUACCCUUCACUGUAGUAGAAGUAGAAGGUAAUGGGGAGAGAGGUUAUGAUAGGAAUGCAGACAUAGUGGAGGAAGUGAAGCAGUACCGAUCUGAACUAAGGACCAGGGAUGACUUGUGUCACUUAGUAGAAACGUACGAGAUCUCUUCUCGGGUAUUAGUUAGGCCAGCUGGGGUAGAGGAGAGGGCGUGCUCUGCUCCUCGGGAUCACUGGAUGCCUGUGUAUGCCCACUAUUUGAUAGCGGGACUCAGGUUUCCACUUCCUGAGUUGCUAAUAGGUUUACUGUUAGAUUAUAACAUAGGGUUGACACAGUUGGUCCCCAACGCAAUGAGGGGGGGUAGCAGGAGAGAUAAAGGGUGGUAUUAUUUCACCCCGAGGGUAGCUAAUAAGGAGGGUAGAAUUUUAUUCACGGCAGGUCCUUCAUCCAUUAAGGGAUGGAAGGAAAAAUUCUUUUUUGUGGAUGACACGGAAUGGGGGAAAGGGGAUGCCGAGAGGGGGGAUGUGUUGAAUAUCAUGGACCUCACCAGCGCAGCAUGCAUAGAGGCUGCUGAGCUCUAUGGGCCAAGCGCUCUGAGUGAAGCUGACAUGGAUCAAUUUUUGAACACUGCUGGAGGGAAGGCCAUCCCCAAGAAGCCAAGGAAGAAGUCAAAGACUUCAGCCAAACAAGUGGAUGAGGGGAGGGUUGGGAAGGAGGUGGUGCCUCUAGCUUCAGCUGAGACGGAGGACGAGGUGCCACCGUUAAAGAGGAAGGGUUGGGAGGAAAGGAGGGCAGCAGAGAAGAAACAGAAGAUGGUGGAGGAGGGAAGGGAGGAUGAGGUUCCUGAGUUCGUACCUCAGCCUCCUCCUGUUGAGCUGAACCCUAAGCUCAGACAGUUGGAGGAGGGGGCUGAGGUACGAGCUCCUGGAAAGGGAAAGGGUCCUAUUCCCCCACUGGGGCCUCAGAGCAGCCUGUUCGAGGCAAAGAACAUAACGGGGGCGAGGUCGUUCAUCAACAACACCUUCCCCGAAGUGGACCAGAGGAAGGCGCGGGAGGAGGCUCUGAGCGCGAGCUGGGUGAACGGUCUAGCCCAGGAAUUCAGGGAAAGCCUGAAGGAGAGCUCACUCUUGCAGAGGCAGUAUGACCAGCUGCAGAAAGAGAAGGAGGUGCUGGAGAAGAAAAAUAAAGAGCUGCAAAAGUCUCUGGACGAGGUGGUUCCAACUGUGAAGCAGUUGGAACAGGAGAGGUCUUCCCUGAGCACCAAGCUCGCUUUUGAGGAGAGCAAGCGAAGGAUCGCUGAAGGCGAGCGUGAGGCUCAGGCACAAGAAACGAAGCUGGUGACAGAGGCGUUCAAGGAGCUGAAGGGGAACAUGCAGAAGUUGGUGCAUAAUGGGAUGAAGGAGCACAUCAGCAACUUCAUCAGUUCCAGCUCGUUUGACAGCAUCGUCAACCUGUACCGGCUACCCACUGCCAUCAUCGCUUUCACAGACUGCAGAGAGAAGGUGAAGGCUGCAUAUCCCGAAGUGGAUGUGACAAAGGUCACCUUCAGCGAGCAAGAAGAAGGAGUGGAGGAGGAUGGUGAGAGCAUGUCAGCAGACUUCCGUCCUCAGAUCAAACUGAGGUGGGAGGAUGAUGCAGACGGUCUUGCUGUCUUUCCUCCACAAUUCGACUUUGAGUUCGUUGCAGUGGAGGAAGAAGGAGCAGAGGUAGAGGGAGACGGAGUGGAGGCAGGAGUGGAGGCAGGAGUGGAAGGAACUGGAGUGGGUGAUAGUCAACCAAUUCCAGAAGUGGAGAUUCACCCAGUUCCUUCUGACGAUGAGGAGCCUCCUCUGCCAGACGAGCAGCAGCCAAGACAGCCACCUCUUCCAACUGAAGAGGAGCCAGUGGAGCCACCUCCUCCAGCAGAGAACUAAAAAUUUUGUUUGUUGCUUUUUAAUUGGUUUAAGUACCAUUUUGGUCCCUCAACUUGUCACUUUGGUACCAAAAUUGUCCCUCACCUUUAAAAAGUACCAAAAUUAUCCUUAAACUUUCAUUUUAGGUACCAAAACCGUCCUUCCGUCAGUUAAAUGACAGGUGGCACGUUAAAAUGCCAGCAAAUCAAUUCUUUUUUUUUCU